AUGUCGCGCGCUCCACGGCGCCGAGCCGUCGCCCUGUGCGGCCUCGUGGCCGGGGGCGGCUUCAGCUUCGUGGGCGGGGCGGACCGAGCACCGCGGCGGCCGCACGUGGCGCGGCAGGGCGCGCGGCAGGUCAUGGAAUCCUUCUAUGCGGCGGUGAAUGGCCGAGACCUGGAGCAAGCCUUGGCCAUGGUAGAUGAUGAGGUGGUCUAUGAGGAUUUCACCUUUCAGGAGCCCUUCCGCGGCCGGGAGGGCGUCCGCGAGCUGCUGGGCGAUGCCAUGAGCCUGCCAAAGGGCUUGGAUUUCGUGAUCGAUGACCUCGCCGGGGGCGACUCAUGGGGUCCGGACGAUGCGGUCGGUAUGACGUGGCAUGUGGAAUUCGAUGGCGUUGCUUUGCCCAACAGCCGGGGCGCCUCACUCUACAAGACGAAGAAUGGAAGACUCCUUUAUGCACGUGACAUCGUGGAGUCUCCCCUCAAGUUGGGCAGCUCUGCCUUAGGCAUCGUUGGCUUCUUGGCCGCCCUCGUGAGGUCUUACAAGCAAGGGUUGGCGGGAACUUUUGCGGCCUUCGCCACGGCCGCUGGCCUCUACUGGUAUAUCUUGCUACUCUCACCGCAAGGUCAGUUCCCCUUCCUCGGUGGCCCCCCUGCUUGGGCCAUCGACGAGACCACGCUGCGCAAUGUCGUCGACGAAUCCUUGAACUUCUUCUAUAUUUGGCCUGGCUUGGAUUCCUUGGGCCUCCCAAGCCCCAGCAGCCUUUUCCCACUACCUGAAGUGGACCCCUUGCGCUUGGCCCUGUUUAACGUGGCAGAAGCCUAUGCCUUCAUGUUGCUGCCUUUGCUGCUUUGGGACCGCCCAGAGCGCAAGAACGUCUAUGCCUGGUGGGCACCUGCGAUGUUUCUCACCAAUGCGAUCCUGUUGCCCUACUUUGCCACUCGGGCAUUGGAGCCUGCAGGAAGCUCUACCUCUCGAGCACGGGUUGCUUGGGCACCGCUCUUUGGGCUUGUAGCUUUGGUGGUGCUUGCUGUGGCGCUUUGGCAGUCCUGGGGCCUUUAUGCUGACAAACCACAUUUUUCUCAGUUCAUUGAGACUUUGACUCCUAACCGACUUUGCGCCAGUGGAGCAAGUCUGGGACCGGGCAUGUUGACUUGCAUGGUUCUGGGCUCUUUCCUAACGCCUAACCAUGCCUGACUAGCACAGCCACAAUGACAUUGCAGUGAGCUAUAUGAUGUAGCAUGGUUGCUCCCAUCGACUGGACAAACUAGGAGGUACUGCAUGAUAUUGCGUAUGCUUCAAAGCUAUGUGGGGUGACGGCAGGGCAGCAAAUGGCGGUGCUUCGUGCACCUCCAGUUCGUGGGCGGCAUGUCACGCUGCACGGGAAAUGCAUGGGCCCGCAAAUGGCGGUACUUCACCUCCAGUUCGUGGGCGACAUGUCACGCUGCACGGGACAUGCAUGGGGUCCAUGUUGAGGCUGACAAACCAUGCCUUGUUUGUUCAUUGUCCUUUGUGGAUAUAUGUAUAGCCGUUUAUGAACGGCGUUGUGCCACUGGAGUUUCAAGGUCACGGAUCUAUGUUUACAUAUAUGUUUACAUAUUUCUCAUCAAGGACGGUGCUGUUCAGAGCGAUCCGCUUGUGUGCGCAAGUAGUUUUAAUGCUUCAUAUAAUGAAGGGCGCGCAAGACUGCAGGUUUUGGCACGUAGUUAGUAUCCCCUCAAGUUUGAACACUACUUACUUUACGCGUGAUAUGGCAGGUGUAUGGUUGUGGCAAUGUGGCGCAUCGCGGUGCUCCAUGACCGCGGCAUGUCACGCUGUGCCUGAAAAACCCGUGCUGGGUUCGCAAACAUGUUUUUCGCGCGGUUGAGUCUCAAAAACGAUGAGUGGUGA